AUGGCUCAACAAAUAUACCACAAGGCAGACGCGAUCGUUGGUGCUCUGGAGAAGUAUGGCCAAGGCGACUACAUCGGUGAAUCCAUUAGCCAACUUGAACAUUGUCUACAAGCAGCACAUCAAGCACAAAAGGCCGGGGCCCGAGAUGAGCUAGUCAUCGCCGCUUUAUUGCACGACAUUGGUCAAAUCGUUCCCUUGGAAACCACCAAGGAGGCGCGCAUGAACCUGCGCGGAAGCCAGGAAAAUGUUGGCCGCGUCGGCCAUGAAGCUAUUGGCGCUGCAUAUCUUCGGUCUCUUGGAUUUGGCGAGACCGUUUGCAGACUCGUGAAUAGUCAUGUUGCGGCAAAGCGGUAUCUCACUGCAGUCAACCAUGCGUACUAUGACUCCCUAUCGUCGGCGUCUCAAAAAUCGCUGGCAUUCCAAGGUGGUCCCUUUGAGGGCCUGGAUUUAAAAGAGUUUGAAGAAGAUCCGUUGCGAGAUGAGAUGGUUUCUCUUCGACUGUGGGAUGAUGCCGCGAAACUAGAGGGUGUUGAGGCCACAACGCCCCGUGCAACCGCAUAUUUGAAGAUGAUCAUUGCGCAUUUGGAAAAGCAAGAAAUCUCCCAUGAGUAA